AUGGACCAGCAUGCCGAGUGCGGUACAAAAUCAGACUAUGGAUCUCAAGGUGGGGAUGUGUGGCACAAUGCAGAUCCAUCUAUUGAGGAUCCGAAUGUUGCAGGCACCAUGCUAGAGCAUGCACAUAAUAAAGAGGAGCAUUCGCGCAACCAUGCCAUCUUCGACGCUGUACAUAAACACAAAAAGAACAAGCCUAAAAAUGAAAAAUAUCUACAGGAGCACGGAUUUGACCUGCCUGUCAAGCUGUCUCACCUGAGCAAAAGCCCAGUGGUGCGGCAGUGGAUAUACAGGGAGCAUUUGUACCGCGAGGCGGACGCGCGACUCCCUUCGCGGUUCGAGCUCUUUUUCGACCUCAUGUUUGUCGGCAUUGCGCACAUUGUGGCAGAGAGUGCAUCUGAAUCAUCCAGUGGCUUGAACGUGCUCAAGUUCUUCUUGGAAUACUUUCCGACGUUUGCGGUGUGGAGCGAUGUGCGCACAUUCCUCAACGUGUCGGGGACCGAUGAUAUCAAGGAGCGUCUCGGGCUCCUGGCAGUGAUGAUUCUUCUUACAGGGUACUCUGCGAAUGCCGGUGGGAUUCAGGUGCGGCACUGCGGCACGCGUGAGGAGAUGACGGCAAGCGACUUUUACUGUCCGAUCCCAAGCGCGCUCGAAAAGCGUGCGGUCGAGUCGAAUAAGGCAUCGCCGACAGGCUACCUCGGCAGCGGGUACUGGUUCAUGGACGGUUUUAACAGACUGAUUCGCUCCGCUGUUGCGUUUUACCUUGUCUUGCGCCUCAUGCGGAUUCUCUUGUAUUUGUAUUAUGGAGUUAUGCUCCCAAAAUUCCGCGCGGCAAUGUGGACGAAUGCUGUGGUGCGUGUGCUGAUAAGCGCAAUUUACCUUGCUGUGCUUUUCUUCCACUCUGCCAGUGCAAUUAUUUCGCUCAUGUUUGUCGGCAUGUUUGCCGAGAUGUUCACGCCGUUCCUGACGUGGCUUUUUCUCCUCGUCCUGAACAGGUGGAAACGAAAAAAAGGCAGCCACUUGUACAUUCCCGCCGUCUCUCAAGAGCACGCGAUGGAGCGUGUCGUGCAGUUUGCGAUUGUUGUUGUUGGCGAAAUGAUUAUCAAUUCGACGUACACGGCGACGAAAGCUACAGCGGGCGUCUCGCACAUGUUUGGACGCUCAGCGCUGGCUGUAACCUGCUCUUUUAUGCUCAUCUGGCUAUACUACGACGCAGAUAGCUCGCGCACGUUUCAGCACGCACUGCGCAGAAACCCGCUCACCUCCCUUUUGUUUUCCCUCAUCCACUUUCCCUUGACUGCGAGCUUGAUUCUCUCCAGCUCGGCGCUGAAAAAACUCAUUGCGACACAAGAGGCCGAGGGAGGCUAUUUGUGGUACUGGAGCGGGAGCUGUGGAGUGACAUUGCUGUGCAUUGGCAUUAUGGGUAUCUUGCACAGGAACUUGGACAAACACAGGAGCACUGUGAUGCCGAGACGCGUGCGUCUCAGCGCACGCUUUAUCGUCGCAAUCCUCGUCACGCUCUUGCCUCUGAUGCGCAAACACUGGGCCACGCUGGAUUUUCUUGGGACGUGCACGGGGAUGCUCGCUUUUCUUGUCCUUUUCGAGACAUGCACCAAGAUUGGCGCUGUGGGGAGGCGCUACGAUGAGCACAAUGCCGCGCUUGUGCGCCGCGCAAAGCUCAAGCCCACUGUAGAGAGCGAGCCGAGCAAACGCGACGACGCUCGGAAAGCGCGCGCACAACUGCGUGCCAUGGACGCUGUGCGCCGCCCUGCACCAGCCGAAAGCACAAGCGAGCACCCCUGCUAUGAAAAAGAGCCCCUGGGAAAGCUCACGCUAAAGCGUACCAUUUCGUGGCAUCCCUACGGGGGGCUUUCCUUGGCGGAACACGGCGAAGAAGACGUUGGCAUGGAAGGCGAACUGGGCCACAUGCAAGUCAAGGAGCUCACCUCAGGACAACGAUGGGCAUUUGCAGCAUAG